UCAACCUCAGCGGCAACAGCGAAGGAGGAGGGGCGAGGGCAGGGGGUUGGGCUUGCUCCUGCCGAUUCAUCGCCGGCGUCCGGAACCAACGACGGCUGCGGCGUCGGUGCCUGUGGCUGCCGCGACGCCGGCGGUUCGAUGCGGCGGAGCCAGAACGAUCACACGGCGGGUGUUGACGAAUAUAGAGACUCGGCGGAACAGCAACAGCAUCGCCGCCAUCAUCACCAACGCGUUCUCCUUCCCUCUACAUCCAUAGGGCAGCAACAGACCGGCCGCAGGAUGAGCCUGGAAACGUUACUGCAAGCGGCCUACUAUGUCGAACAGGAAGAGAAGAAGCGGGAGCGCCUGGCGAGUACCUCGUCCUCCUCCUCCUCCUGCGAUCAGCACUCGUUUGCGCCUGCGCCGACCCACUCCAAUCAUACUUAUGCCUCCAGCGAGCCACGUGGUGCCAAAUGCAAAAGAGAACGCACAGAGUCGGAUGAUCUCUUUUGUGAAGAAAAGAUGCUGAUAAUCGAUGAAGAAGAACCAUUGGAGAACAACAGAAUGAGCCUUUCAACACAUUUCCGAGAUACUUCUGUGGUCUCCAAUACACGAGUCAUGCCGUCUUCGACUGGAUCAACCUCUGUUCAGCUGACUGCGCUUCAUUCCAUGUCUCACCAUCCUCAUCCUCACCAUCAUUCACAACCACAGCAGCAGCAACAGCAACAGCAGCCGCAACAGCAACAACACCAUCAGCAACAGCAGCAACAUCAUCAGCAACAUCAUCAUCAUAGCGAUAAUCAUAAUACACAUAAUCAUUAUAUGGAGAAUCACAAUCCAAAUCAAUCUCAGCAAAAUGUGGGCAACCUCGUUAUUGACGAAACGAGCCACGACAAUAAAAAGCACCGAACUGGAGCGUGUGUAGUUCGAUCUGGUACUAGGGAAGUACACAAUAAGCUGGAAAAGAAUCGGAGAGCGCAUCUGAAGGAGUGUUUUGAACUUUUAAAGAGGCAGCUACCAUCGCAAGACGAAAAAAAGUCUUCGAAUCUCUCUAUUCUCCAUGCAGCGAACAAAUACAUACAGGCAUUGCGAAAAAGAGAACGAGAUUAUGAACAUGAGAUGGAGAGACUCGCGAGAGAAAAAAUUGCGGCUCAACAGAGAUUAGUUGCAUUAAAGAAAGAACUUCAUGCAACUUGGGAUCAUAUCGACAUCAAUUCUCUUUUGCUGGAACAGAUUCCUGGGGCGGAUGUGACAGCCGUCAAAAAUGAAAAUACAGAGGUUGACAUUACUGGAUUAUCACGGGGUGGCACGAGGUAUAGCAGCACGAGCAGUCUAAACAGUGUGACAACGGCCAGUUCCCCGCAAGCAUUACAAUCCACUAGCACGACUUCCAAUAUUCAUAGUCAAGCCCCGACCGCGGGUGUCGUUUGCCAAACGCAGGAUCUGAAUCUUGCACGAAGUUCCAGAGAGAGUCCACCUGCAAGUUCGACUACUGGAACGACAUCCGCAUCCAGCAUUUCUACUCCAGCGCAAGAGAAAAUCGCUACGUCGUCCACCACCAGUAUAGUUCAGCAGCCGCAUCAAUUGCAUCUGCCGAUCAGUGCUCAGAUGUUGAACACGAGUCAGGGUCUUGCGACUAUCGUACCAGCCCUGCAACACAUCGGGCCAGGACUCAGGGUAAUACCGGGUGAUACGCGGCAGCUCUUAGUCACCCACACUACUGGCAACAAUGAAUCUAGGCCUUUGACAUUGGCGGUGCAGAAUUCUUCGGAUCAAUCUCGGUCACCGUUGAUCGCAGUGCAAUCAAACAGUGGAAACGAGCCAAGACCCGUAGCGCUGGUCGUUCACUCAUCCACCGCCAACGACAACAGAGUAACAUUUGUGCACUCUAAUCUGUCCAAUAACGAUAGGCCGCUAGCCCUGGCCGUACAGUCGUCUGCGAAUGAUGUUAGACCCGUCACUUUUGUGCAUUCGGGGAAUGAGGGUCGAUCGUUGGUCCUUGCUACGCAUUCGCCCGCGUUGAAUGUAUCGAACGCUCAGACGAGAAUAAGAACGGGAGAUGCGCAGAACACGCAUAAGAUGGUUGGUGGUGUAACACUUGUUGGCGGAAAUGGUUCAGAAUUGGCAAGACUUCCCGGUGGUGCGGAAUUGAAUAUACUUCCAGCAAAUGGAUUAACUUUAAGUCAUGGAGUGUCACUUCAAACGGCUACGGGCAAGCCAACCUCGACAAUGAUGCAAAAUUCUCCAUCUACAGAGAGUAUAGCUCACAUUGUCGGCCAGCAUACGCCCCUCUCCGGUCUGACUCCAAUUGUCACGCCGAUGACUGUCGUCUCCCAAGGUAAUCAGGUGACUGCUCACAUCUUAGCGCCAUCGAGUCUCGCAGGGAAGAUGAUCACCACUCCCAUCCUCAAGUCCGUGGGACAAAUGCCGCUUGUAAACGCUCAGUAUCUUAACACCACGACUUUAGUGAAACCGGUCGUCGUGGUGAGCUCACCGUCAACGUCGACAGCACCCUCAACGACGGCGGCGACAGCUUCCAGUACACAACCCUCUUCGACCUCAAAUUCGACUGUCUGACAGAAUCAAGGGAAAGCAAAAUUAAUCUGAUUGCGCUGGAAUAUCAAAAUACAGUUUGCUGGUGUUGCGAGUAAAUCUUAAUUCUAUGUUUGUCUAAAGUAAAUCUAUCUUUUGUUAUUUGUUGGAAUCGCUUAGAUAUGUUAGUGAUGAAUUAGCGAGAAUGUGAGCGAUUUAAAUUUGAAAUAUUUUACGA